CUGAAUUUUAGCGAACCAGUAGUGUUUUAGUUAUAAACUUAUUUUCUGUAUUACGUUUUAAUUCGAAACACGUGGGAUGAAUCUGAUGUAUAUUCAGUGAUUUAUUUAAACUGUUAUAAAGUAUGGCGUCAAGCAGUAACAGUGAUUUCAACAACGAUUCCGAAGAAAAUGAUACUCUUUCUGUAUUUGCAACAGACAUUAAAUGGGAUCCAACUUUUAGUGAUGACUGGAGUAAAGAAACACCGUCGGCGAGAUGUUUACUUAGAAUCAAAAGGGAUAUAAUGACAAUAUAUAGUGACCCACCUCCAGGAAUGUUUGUGGUACCAGAUGAUAAAGAUCUUACAAAGGUUCAUGCAUUGAUUACAGGUCCAUUUGAAACUCCAUAUGAAGGAGGAUUUUUCUAUUUUUUGAUUCGAUGUCCACCAGAUUAUCCAAUACAUCCUCCAAGGGUGAAGUUGAUGACUACUGGUGAAGGAAAGAUUAGAUUCAAUCCAAAUUUAUAUAAGAAUGGAAAAGUCUGUUUAAGUAUUCUAGGAACUUGGGCUGGUCCUGCAUGGAGUCCUGCCCAAAGUUUAUCAAGUGUUUUAAUUUCUAUUCAGUCACUUAUGAAUGAAAAUCCCUAUUUUAAUGAACCUGGUUUUGAAAAGGAAAGGCACUCUGGAGACAGCUUACAAUAUAAUGAAAUAAUUCGUCAUGAAACGUUAAGGGUAGCUGUCUGUGAUAUGAUUGAAGGUACCACUGGUGACACUUUGAACUGUCCUCAACCAUUAAUAGAAAUAAUGGAAAGGUCAUUUCCAGAAUUUUAUGAUUAUUACAAGAAUACAGCACAAAGCAAACUUCAUUGGACUAAUCAAAAAAUGAUGGAUCCUUUUGGAGAGAAACGAGGAUGUUUUGAUUAUAACUCUAUUUACCAACGACUGCAGGCCAUCAAAACAAAAUUGGAUGAAAAGCAAAAAUCUCAGUUGCCGCCUGCGGAACAGGAUUCGCCAAGCGACAGCUCCGAUUCGUUCAUGUUAUGAAGCACGCAUCACCACAUUCCAGACUUAUUUUUGCAA